AUGGAUCUCUUCUCGCUCGCGAGGAUCAAGAGCAAGGGGGGUUUAGACGCGGUGCAGAGCGCGGCGGCGCCGGGGAUCGACGCCGCGCGAGACAGCGACGACGAUUUGCAAGAUUUCGAACGCCGCCGCCGCGGCGGCGACGUCGACGGCACCGGGGACUCCUCGGACGACGACGACUCCGACGUGGACACCGCGAACGACGCGCGCGUGGAGGCUGAGCUGGACAUGCUCUGGCGCGAGUACAAGGCUCGGCACACGAAGAAGGGGGUCAAGUUUAAGCCGCACAAGAGCAAAGGGCGCGAGAAGCGCACGGAGCUCGGCGCGGGGGAGUUGAACGACGAUUCGGACGACGAAGCGUCGCCGUCGGACUCGGACGAGCCCGCGACGACAGCGCGCGAGCGCGCGACCGACGACGCGAACUCGAAGAAGAACCCGCUGUUGAUCGGGUUGGGCGCCGGCGCGGGCGCCGAGAAGGGCGCGAAGGGCGCCGGCGCGGAUUGGUUCGCGAACGAUUUAUUCGCGGAAGCCGCCCCGGACGUCGGCAGCGCGCGGCAGAAGAAGGCGGACGCGAAGAAAGCCGCCGCCGCCGCCGCCGCCGCCGCCGCCGCCGCGGAGGAGGAUGAUAACGCCACCGCGGCGAUGGACGAGGACGACGACAGCGACGACGACGACGACGGGUUCGACGACGACGACGAGUACUUUGGCGACGGCGGCGACGACGGCGACGACGAGUCGAUGGAGUCGGGGUCCGAGUCCGCGUCCGAGGAGGAGGAGGAGGAGGAGCCGGACGCGAAGCGCGGGAAAACCGGCGUCCCCGGCGCGUUCGGACGGACCGGGAUCAAGCCGGCACCCCUCUCGGAGAAGAAGGCGAAGAAGGACGCGAAACCGAAACGAAAACCGACCGUGGGCCCGUCGGACGCGUCGGACGACGACGAAGACUUUGAAGACUUGCGCGCGGCGUCGGCGAUCAAGAAGAAGAAGGACGACGCGCGCGAGGCGAAGGCGGCGGCGAAGGCGAAGGCGAAGGAAGCCGCCGCCGCGGCCAAGUCGAAGAAUAAGAAGGGGGGCGGAAAGAAGGGCGGAAAGAAGGGCGGCGUCCACGACGACACGUACGACGACGACACGGACAGCAGCGAGGACGACGGCGGGAGAGGGCUCGAGGGCGACGACCCGUUGGGGACGUUGUCGAGCAAGGCGAGGAGAGGGAAAGAUAACGCCGGCUUCGUCGAGAUGGACGCGGAGUACGAACGCGGGUCGGACAGCGACAGCGGGUCGGACGGGGGGUCGGACGAUUCGAAGACGGACGUGGACGAUCUGAGCGACGGCGAGAAAGCGGAGCUGAUGGCGAUGGGGAAGAAGAUGAUCAACAAGAAGCAGAGGGACCGUAUCAUCGACGACGCGUACAACAAAUACGCGCGCGACAGCGACGAGGACCUCCCGGAGUGGUUCUUAGAGGAUGAGCGCAAGUACAUGCGUCCCCCGCCGGUGUACGACGAGAAAGACUUGGAGGAGGCCAAGGAGAAGCUCGCGGCGGUGGAUAACCGGUCGAUAAAAAAAGUCGCGGAGGCGAAGUUUAGGAAGAAGAAGCGCGCGGAGACGAAGAUGCAGCAAGCGCGGAAGCGCGCGAGCACGAUCAUGGAGCAGGACGACGUCCCGGACGUGAGCAAGGCGAGGGAGAUUGAGAAAAUUUACGCCAAGGCGAGAACCGCGGCGCGGGGGAAACGACGGGAGAUUAAGCACGUCGUCGCGCGGAAGGUGCACAAGGGCAACGCCGGCGGACCGUCCGUGGAUAAGCGCAUGCUGUCGGACCGGCGUGGGAUGCUGAAAGCGAAGGGCGGGGUCAAGAAGGGCAAGGGCGGACGCGGCGGCAGAGGCGGGAGGGGAGGCGGCGGAGGGAAAGGCCGCGGCGGCGGCGGCGGCCGCGGGAAGAAAGGAUUCAAGUAA